ACGAGUAGCACGACUGCAUUGUUUUACAGUUCAAUUUGUUUAUCAAGAACAAACGGCAGAUAAUAACAUUAGUAAAUUAAAAGCGUGGGCUCGAGUUAUCGUGUAAGCCAUACAAGGAGAAUUAACAAAAACAAUAAUCGACCAUGAAUGUUGUGGCGAAAAAACAGCACCGAGGCAAAAGCUUGAAACUCAGCUUUUCCAUAAUUUACAAAUAUGCAACGUCUAAUGAAAAGUUAAGCGAGGUCUUCAAUAUCGACGACUUAGCUGAGGUACGAUUUAGAUUCGUAUCCUCUACUGAUACCCUCAGUACAUUUUUGUCCAUAAAAAAACAUGCUUCAGCAAAGGACACCGCUGUCAAAGUAGAUGUUAAAAGCGAGGACCUAGGCUACACCCAACAAUGGGUGUGCACCGAACACUGGGUCGAUUGGCAAGACAUGGGUGUGAAGCCAACUAUGACUGCGGUUGACAAUUACUUGGUCGCAUUCCGAAUCAAUAUCACUCUGAUUGAAGAGAAAUGUUUCAACGCUCCGAACAUUUAUGAAGAUGACGACUUUACUGACUUUCAUCUGAGCACAGCCGAAGGCCGUGUGGCUGUGCACCGAGUUCACCUGGCAACUCACAGCGAAGUGUUCAAGACUAUGCUCGGCCAUGAGUGGAAGGAGACCGCUGAAGGCAAUAUACAGGUAGAGGGAGUAACGCUGCAGACUCUUAAGCAUCUGAAGCAGUAUAUCUACUUGGGCACCCUGCCUGAUGAUGGGCUGCGUCAACUGCUGCUGAUUGCUAGAUACUACCUGAUUGAUAAUCUCAAGUCGGCAUGCAUUUCUAAGCUGGCCAGGACAGCAACGCCUGACAACCUGGAGGACCUUCUGGAGUUUGCUAUUGAUAACAAAAUAACUGAGUUGGCUUUAGCCAUUCUACAGCUCACUCCUGAUGAUGUUGUAGAUGGAGCUUACCAAUUGAAGAAAAAGGAGCCAGCAAGUGCACAGACCAGUGGAAAAUAAUUUAUGUUCACACGGGUCACACAUUUUUUUUUAAAUAACAUCAUUUAAUCUUACUGUUCUUACCUUUUAUUCAUUCUUGUACUUUUAAUGAUAAGAAUUUCAUAUAUGAUGCUCUUAUAAUCAUUAAUAUCAUAAUCUAGCAUUUUUUAUUAUCUGACUAUUACAUUGCUUAUAGGUACCUAGGUAGUUUCAUAUCAUAUUAUAUUACUUAUAAUUAAAAUAGAAAAAGAUCAGGGGUCAAGAUCCAUAAAUUGUGUAAUUCCGUAUAAAAGGAACCGUGCAGGGGUGAUCAACAUCCUUAUCUAAGUCAAUUGUGUACCGAUUUAAUCGCCAUUCGAUCUUUUUAUACGAAACGACAUGUAUAAUCCUCUCUAACCUCAUUUAAAUAUAAAUGUGGCUUUCCAUUAGAGAAGGGUCUUUAUGCACUU